UCUUCUCGGCGAGCAGAGCCGUCCCUCCCCUGCCCGGGGCUCUCCUUUGUUCGGGGCCGGGCUGCGGGGCGGAGAGGCGGGACCCGGGGGGGCAGCGCGGAGGGGCCGGGCCGGGCCUGGCGGAGCCGCCCCCGCGCCGCGCUGUGCCCGCUCGGCCCCUCGGUCACCGUCGGGGCGGCCGGCAUGUGGCGGGGGCUGCCGCUGUUGGCCCUGGCCGGGCUGCUGGUGCUGGGGCGGGCGCCGCCGGGGCGGGGGGCGGCCUGCGAGCCCGUGCGCAUCCCGCUGUGCAAGCCGCUGCCCUGGAACAUGACCAAGAUGCCGAACCACCUGCACCACAGCACGCAGGCCAACGCCGUGCUGGCCAUGGAGCAGUUCGAGGGGCUGCUGGGCACCAACUGCAGCCCCGACCUGCUCUUCUUCCUCUGCGCCAUGUACGCGCCCAUCUGCACCAUCGACUUCCAGCACGAGCCCAUCAAGCCCUGCAAGUCCGUCUGCGAGCGCGCCCGCGCCGGCUGCGAGCCCGUCCUGGUGCGCUACAGCCACGCCUGGCCCGACAGCCUGGCCUGCGACGAGCUGCCGCUCUACGACCGCGGCGUCUGCAUCUCCCCCGAGGCCAUCGUCACCGCCGAGGGCGCGGAUUUCCCUAUGGAUUCCAAUAACGGCAACUGUCGAGGCGCCGGCAUCGCAGACCGCUGCAAGUGCAAGCCUGUCAAAGCCACCCAGAAGACCUACCUACGCAACAACUACAACUACGUCAUUCGGGCUAAAGUGAAGGAGGUGAAGACUAAAUGUCACGACGUCACUGUGGUAGUGGAAGUAAAGGAGAUCCUGAAAUCUUCCCUGGUGAACAUCCCAAAGGACACUGUAAACCUCCACACGAACUCUGGGUGCCUGUGCCCACCUCUCAGUGCCAAUGAAGAGUACAUCAUUAUGGGCUACGAGGACGAGGAGCGCUCCAGGUUACUCCUGGUGGAAGGCUCCAUAGCUGAGAAGUGGAAGGAUCGUCUCGGUAAAAAAGUGAAGCGCUGGGAUCAGAAACUCCGCCACCUUGGGAAGGGGAAGGCAGAGCCCGGACACAGUGACUCGGCCCCGAAGCCCGGCAGAGCCAGCAGUGCCCGGCAAACACGCAGUUAGACGGGGGGUGCUGGACGGUGACACGCAGGGGACUCUCUUCCAAGACUUCACUGCUGGAGCAGCAAGGAGAAAUUGCACUAUUGCACGUUAUAUUCUAUUGUUUACUGCAAAAUAAUGUUUUAGCUUAUAUUAGUUUUUAUUCUCCCUCUUGUUUUCUGCCUUUUUUUUUUUUUUUUUUUUUUUUUUGGAUGUGUGAAAGCUCUGGAAAUAUUUUUUUUUUCUGUUACUAAGGACUUUAGAAAACUGCCCUUAUGAGAUGGAGAAAGACAAGGACAUGUUACAUUUAGCUUUUUAUCUCCUAAAUCCUUCUUAGGGAGAAAAUUCUGAUGCAAGGAAUGAGAUCUGGCAAAGACCAUCGCUCAAGUCAUGACUCACACUGGCUUCCCCCACUCACCCUUUCCUGGUCACUGUUUGCUGAAACUUACUGUGUUGGGGGUAGGUUGUUAUCUGGUUUUAAGGGCAUAAUUUUUUAUUCUGAAACAUAAUUCUGAAAUAUAUAAACAAACUGUGUUAAGAGAACUGUUUUAAUCAGUACAACUUUGUUAAGUUUUCUUCUAAAUAAACCACUGUGUAAGCCAAAGUCUAACUUAAAAUAUUUCCUGCAACAAACACGGUGUGCAUGGACACAGGGGACCUGGGUUUUCCCGUGCUCUGGAACUUGCAGGAAAGGUUGACUAGUUCUGUGACCAUAAUUUAUAAUAUGCUUCUUGUCUUAUAAUGGCAGUUUUUUCCCCCUUUUGUUUUCUCAGCUGUAGGAGUAGACAGAGUUACCAGGCCUGGUUCUCAUGCAGGUCUGCACUUUAUCAGUUUGAUUUUGUUGGUGUUAUUCUUAAAUCCCUGCCUACAUAAACAAGUGUUCAAUGCUCAGUAACAUAUGUCCAAUAAAAGAAUUGAAGUUGCCAACACAGAUCUUACCUGACGUCUGAACCAACAUCAUAAUUUUUAUAUUGCUCUUGAAAAUAUAAAAA